ACCUGAACAGGCAGACGGGACCUCAGUUUAAUGUCUUGUCUGAAGAACAGCGCCUCCGACAACGCAACACCUCCCCAGCACUGUGUUGGAGUGCCAUCUCAGACUGUGUCCUGACGUGGAGCUCGAACCCACAAUCUUUUGACUCAGAGGCCAAAGUGCUUCCACCAAGCCAGGCCGAUACCUCGUAAAGUGUAGUGACUGUGUAUUUUGUAUUAAUUCAUUCUUAAUUGUAUUUGGCAACAGGACUUUGUGGACAGCCUGUUGUACGAACUGUAGUCUCGAGGCAUCAAGAAAGCCACGAGAAAGAAAAAAAGAAAUUAAGAUAUCGAUGAAAAAACUCACAGAUCAAUAUUUUGAGUUUAUAGUCCAAGCUGAUUUACGUGGAGGGUUUGACACACAGUGAACAAUAUGUGUGUGCGUGUGUGAGUGAAAUAGACCAUAAACCAAUAUUUGAUAAGAUCUUGUAGCUGUACAGUAAAUGUCAUUCUCUUCUCAAUGCAAAGAAAAUCGUAAUUUAUUGGCGUUGAGACAUCCUUUUUUAAAAUAUGUCACAGCUUAUUGGAUCAACGUCACCAGCUUUACAGUUCCGUGGAGAUUACCAUUAUUCAGUUUCCUUUCACCAACUCAAAACCCUUUUUUUAGUCGCACUUCAGUCGCUGUUGUGUGUGUGGUUGUGAGAGAUAGAGACAGAGCAAUUUUACCAGCUGCAUUUUUAAUACCUUUUUUUAAAUAUUUCUUAAAAUUUUUAUUAUAUAUAAGUAAAACGUCUGACAUAAGGACUAAAAAAUGAAGCUAGUCCCAGCUACGUGGAAAAUGAGGACAUUAUUGUUUGUGGUUGGAGUUUCUCUGGUGUUUGUUACAUACAGCAAUAACCUUCUGGAUUUCUCGACCAACGCUUUGUACCACAGAUUAAGCUACAGUAUGCUGGGCAAGUUCGGGGGGAGGAACGUAACAAAAUCCUUGGAAGAUAUCGAUCCAAAGAAGAACGAAACUUUCGUCGAGAAAUUCCAAGUGAAACCCGUAAAGAAAACGGGAACGGGACCUGGGGGCAGGACGGUCUCGCCGACCCUGGGAAACACUACCUUAGCCUCUCAGGAGAUUAUAAAGAAGCCGGUAACGGGCGCAGUGUUCAAUCAAACCGCGCCACCCCAAAGGCGGAAGGUAGCCAAGCCAGCACGCAAAAGAAAGAGAAUUAGUAAAACAUCGCGCCCAGCAACUGUGGUCAAAGAGUCACCGUUCGCAGGAGAUGUUUACCCCACAGAUAACACCUAUCUCAAUUCAGAAUGUCCCGACAGCAUCAGGAAGCGAGUGGCAAACAUAUCCGAGUAUAAAGAUAUCUUCCUGGAGACAAUUCCCGUCCUCCAGUGGAGCAAACACGCUACGGAGGCUGAGUACAAGAGGCUGAGCAAACACCCGGGCUUAUACGGGUGGAAGGUGAUUGGCUUUGAUGAUCUGAAGGAUGCUCUGAGUUACCUGAACACCUCCGCAAACACGGUCAUGUUCGACGACUGGGAGAUGAGGCCAAACAAAAGCUCCAACUGCAUCCGCUGUGCUGUGAUCGGGAACGGAGGAAUCCUGAACAAUUCUAACAUGGGGGAAGAGAUCGAUAAACAUGACUAUGUGUUUCGGGUGAAUGGAGCCAUCAUUAAAGGAUAUGAAAAAGAUGUCGGCAAAAGGACUUCAUUUUACAAUUUUGCUACAAACACGAUGCUCAAUUCUCUCCGUAACUACCGACGCUUGGGGUACACCAGUGUCCCGAAAUCAGAGGAGACGCGAUACAUCUUUGUACCGGUCCACGCCAGAGAUUAUUACAUGGUGAAGGCUGCGGCAACCGAGCAUCGAGUGGCCAAGGGGCCAGAGAGAUCCAGGGACCCGCACGUGUAUUUCGGACCUCACAUUGGGCCCGAGAAACUGAAGAUGUACCAUGCGGACUUCAUGCGUUACCUUCGCAAUCGGUUUCUUAGUUCAAGAAUUGCAAAGAAAUAUCCUACAUAUCGCCCAACCACUGGAGCUUUGAUGCUCCUGGGAGCUAUACACACCUGUGACCAGGUCAGUGCGUACGGAUUCAUCACUAAGGACUACGCAAAAUACGCCAAUCACUAUUACGACAUCAUCAAAAAGAAACCGCAUUUCUUUUUCAUCCACGACAUGAGGCUGGAACUGGAGCUUUGGGAGACACUGCACAAGUAUGGGAUCAUCCGUCUGUUCACCAGAGGCUGACCUCUGAGCAAGUGAGGCAGGAUCGAUGGCUUGUGCUUUUGGAUGAAGGGAUUUAAAGAACAAAAAAUAUGCUACUCGGGGGGAACUGAGUGACAGUGAGAGGUUGUUCUUUGACAGCCUCCAAUCCCCACCCCACCACCGCCUCGGUACUAGAUUUAAAUCCAUCCCAAACACAUUGGGAUCAAAGCCUCUUCCGUCUGCGGACGUGUGACAGAAUGCUUCACUUUGCUCGGGUUUCACACUUCGAUGGGAAAAAUAUAUAUUCAAACAAAUCACUUUACAGUACAUUCUGUGAAGAGCUUUGAGACAUGAUAAUGCAAGGAUUAUAAUGAAUUAUUAUUAGAUAACUUAUUAAUGGGGGUAUUUAAUCAAGACACGGUUACUGUCGAGCUAAGGAGGGCCAUACCAGGGGAAAUCCCCGGGGCGAAAUUCAGGUGGCAUUUGGGGAUGUGGAACAUCCUGCCAAGUAAGGUGGUGGAGGCAGAGGCCACUGUGAGUUUCAAGUGAGAAGUAAACAGGUAAACAGAAGGAUAGAAGCUGUAGAGACACUGGGGAUCGAGCAGGGGCAAUGGGAAUGAGCUUGCUCUGAGAGCUGGGGGCAAACCCUUUCUAUGAUCAUUGUAAUUUAGGACACAGUUAUCAAAUUCCUACAGAUGAGAUGGGAUAAGCAAUGGGGAUGAAUCGGUUUUAACUGAACUGUUAGAUGGUGGGGUUGUGUGUGGUGGGAGAGAUGGGGGUAGUGAGCAUGGUGCAGCAAUUAUCAAAUGCUACUUCAAAGCCAGAACUUGCAAGUGAAUUACAACAACAACACAGUUCAUUUUUGUGGUGCCUUUCACAGCAGAAUGAGCAUCUCAAAGCACUUUAUAGAGAUAACACAAAGCACACAGCUGGGAGGGGUGAUAAAGAGUGUGGACUGAAGACACGGUCCAAUACAUUGUUUGUUUAACAAGUGGAGAGUGUUUAAAGUAUUGAGAACAUUUAAAGAGGAGGUGGGGUGUGGGGAGCAGUAACAGCGCUAUGGGGGUGGUGGGGGCUAGAAUUUUGAGACAUUGGUUGUGGGUUUUGCUCUGUCCUGCACACAUAGUCCACCCAUGUUUAACCCCUCAGUGGGUUGUGUAUCUCUCAAGACAGAGGCAGGUUAUAAUUGGCUUUGCAGUUGGAAUGAACGAUGAGCACAAAAAGCACUUGUUGGCACAAUUCAGAUGAUCAGCAAAUAAAACAUUUUCCCAGUCUUUUGUUA